ACACACACCACAGUCGCAAUCAGACAUUCUCUCUUGUUGGUUAACUAAAUAGCUUAAUUAAUUUGAGGAGUUUAGUCUCUGAAACAUGGCGAUGGCGACAGCAGCAUGCAGAAGGCCUGCAGUGAUGCUCAUGGCGUUCGCCAUGGCGGCUGCGGUGACGAUGAGCUCCGUGCCGCCGGCGUCGGGGACGACGACGCUGCAGUACGACUUCUACUCGUCGUCGUGCCCGAAAGCCGAGGAGACGGUGAGGAACGUCGUCGAGCCGAUGAUCUUCAACGACCCCACCAUGGGCGCCGCCUUCAUCCGCCUCUUCUUCCACGACUGCUUCGUCAGGGGUUGUGACGCGUCCAUCCUGCUGGACCCGACGAGCAGAAACACGCAGCCGGAGAAGACGGCGAUCCCGCUGCGCGGCUACGACGCCGUGAACAAGAUCAAGGCCGCCGUCGAGGCCGUCUGCCCCGGCAAGGUCUCCUGCGCCGACAUCCUCGCCUUCGCCGCGCGCGACUCCGCCGUCGUCAACGGCAACUUCGCCUUCGCCAUGCCCUCCGGCCGCCGCGACGGCACCGCCUCCUCCGCCUCCGACGUCGCCCGGUUCAUCCCGUCCCCGGCGUUCCACCUCCAGGACCUCGUCGACAGCUUCGCCGCCAAGGGCCUCACCGCCGACGACCUCGUCAUCCUCUCCGGCGCCCACUCCUUCGGCCUCACCCACUGCGCCUUCGUCACCGGCAGGCUCUACCCCACCGUCGACCCCACCAUGAACGCCACGUUCGCCGCGGCGCUCAAGAAGCUGUGCCCGCCGCCGGCGAGCGGCGGCGGCGGGAGGGCGGUGAGCAACAACCAGGUGACCGACCCCAACGUGCUGAGCAACCAGUACUUCAAGAACGUGGCCGCCGGGGAGGUGAUGUUCACGUCGGACCAGACGCUGACGAGCCGCGACGACACCAAGGCGAUGGUCGACGACAACGCCGCCAACCCGGUGGCGUGGAUGGCGAGGUUCGCGGCGGCGAUGGUGAAGAUGGGCGGCGUCGAGGUGCUCACCGGGAACGCCGGCGAGGUCAGGAAGGUCUGCUUCGCCACCAACACGGCGAGCUGAUAAUUAAGCUACAAGUUCUCUUUCUCCAGCGAUCGGCUGGAUCAUUACCACAUAAUAUAUAUAUUCCUUGUUAUUUUGAUCUCUUAAUUUGUACUCCGUAGUUACCUGCAUCGAUUCUUGCUGUUGUAAAACUGAAUUGUAAUUCACUAUCUUUGAAUAUUCAGUGAUCAGUUACAGUGGUUA